AAAGCACUCCAUCCCGGCCUCUUCCUAGACUCCCACCCGCCCGCAUCGCACCACAUCGCACCACAUCGCAUCGCACUCCUCCCUUCUGCAUCUCAUUCUUUGGCAACGCACCGUCCCAAUGGCACCACCAAGCGAAUCCUCGCAAAAAACCAACACCACCAACCACACUUUGGCGCAGCCACACGAGGCCGACGUCCACUCCACAAAGCUCGGCGAGGAAAUCGUCAUCGUCGACACCGUAGACCCAGUUUCGGCCCCCGAGCCACACCCCGAAGGCGGAUACGGCUGGGUCGUCGUCAUCGCCAGCUUCUGGGUCCAUUUCUUUAUCGUCGGCGGUACCUCGGCCUUUGGCGUGUAUCUGCAGCACUUUACCGCAGGGCAAAUCUUUCCAAAUGCCUCCAACCUGUCGAUCGCCUUUAUCGGCUCGAUCAGUGCCUGUGGUCUGCCGCUUUACGCAAUUCCAGCCGGAAGACUGGCUGACAAGUACGGAUAUCGCCCCGUCGCCAUCAUUGGCGGUGCCUUGACGGGCCUGGGCUACAUUGCCUCGUCCUUUGCGACCGAAGCAUGGCACAUCUGGGUAUCGCAAGCCGUCCUGUUUGGCGUCGGCAGCUCGUUUGCGUACAUGCCCGCCAUUAGCAUCAUCUCCCAAUGGUUCGAAAAGAAGCGUGGCAUGGCAGUUGGCAUCGCUGUCGCCGGUAGCGGCGUCGGCGGCCUGGCCCUGAGUCCCCUGAUCCGCCUGCUCAUCCGACUCUUGGAAUGGCGCUGGGCUCUCUGCAUCAACGGCAUUGUGUGUCUCGUCGCCACGGUUGUCGCAGCGUUGUUCUACAAGACUCGUGUGGCAUCCAAGCGUGCGGCCGCGAUCGACUUUGGCAUGUUCAGGAUCUGGGACUUUACUUGUCUCUACAUUGUCGCCUUCUUCAACACCUUUGGUUACUUCAUCCCGUUCUUCUUCCUGUCGUCCUAUGCUGUGUACUACGGCAUCUCGACCGACAAUGCUGCCCUGCUUCUCGGUGUCUUGAACGGUGCCUCGGCUGUCGGUCGCCUCCUCUGGGGAUACUCGGCUGAUCGUUUCGGCCACAUGAACACCCUGACCGUCACCAUCAGUGUCGCCUCGCUGUCGGUGCUGUUGAUAUGGCCGUUCUCGACCGCCCUCUGGUCCCUGAUGGUAUUCGCGAUCAUCUUUGGCAGCUUCAUUGGCGGCUUCAUCAGCUUGUUCCCAACUGUCAUCGCCGAGCUCUUCAAGACAAAGAACAUUGCCUCCAUCAACGGCAUGCUCUAUUCCAGCUUUACGAUUGGAAACCUGUUCGGAUCUCCUCUGGCCGGCCUCAUCAUCGAUCGCUGCACCACGCACAACUCGGAUGGCUCCACCACGAUCAACUUUAUUCCUGCUAUUCUCUUUGGUGGAGCCUGCAUGCUUGUGUCCUCGGGCUUUGUCCUCAGCCUCGCAUUCCGCAAGCGUCAGGCUGAGAAAGCCGAGAGAACAGCCAAGCUCGCACAGGAAGCGCUCUGAGCAUCACCGUCAGCCCAACAUCCAUCACGUCGCUCCAGCCACUUCGGCGUCCGCUUUGGACACCCCCCGCCGAUCCAUAUCAGCUUCUCCAUUUACCACCUGAUGC